AUGGCACAGUUUGACCCGGCCGGAUUCCUAGCUCCAGUUACCAUCCUGGGUAAAAUGCUGGUGCAAGAUCUGUGGAGAACAAGAUGCCAGUGGGAUGAUCUAUCAUACAAAAAGUGGACGCGGUGGACGAGCAUGUUGGCGAAUGUCCAGGCAUUUAAGUUGUCGCGCAGCUACUUCGGCACUGCGAGGUCCGAUGAAAUCCGGGACGUACAGCUGCAUAUUUUUGCGGACGCGGGUGAGACGGGGUAUGGAUGUGUGGCAUAUUUUCGUGCCAUGGUGCGUGGAGAGGUGAAGUGCACGCUAGUGAUGAGCCGGGCGAAAGUUGCUCCCUUGAAACAAGUGUCAAUUCCGCGCCUGGAGCUUCUGGCGGCGGUACUGAGUGCACGGAUGUCACAUACGGUGCGCGAAAACCACAGCAUAUAA